ACCCAACUUUUUUCACCCAAAAAAAAACUCAUCCAAAAACCCGCCCGAUGCCCUCUCCCACCCCUCCCUCCACCUUUGGCCAAGCCGCCCUCAUCACCGCCCUCAAAGGCCAGACCCUCCGCAUCCCCAGCCUCCAAGCUCUCUUCCACACAUGGCCCUCUCCCAGCCUCAACGCCCACUACCAAGAGCUCGUCCCCCUUGCCAGCGCCGCCAUCCUUGAAAUCGCCGCCGCUGCGCCCCAGCUGAGCAUUGAACGCCGUCUGCGCGACGACAUUGCCCUUUUGACCUGUCUGCUGUUCCCGACCGCGCGCCGGAACCAGAUUGAAGCGCUGGUGCUGUACAUGGUGUGGCUCGUCUGCUGGGACGACACGGUCGACACAAACGAGGGUGAUUUGGCUGCUGAUUUCGCCGGCGCCGAGGAAUGGCGCGGCAAGACGCUGGAAAUUGCCCGGACAGCCCUUCAGCUCCCCGAUGAUGGAGGAGCCCAGCAUGGAGCGGCGGUAGAUGCCAUCAAUGCCGUGCUCGUCAACUUUGGGCAGCGGUACUGCUAUGGCACCACCCAUGAGAGAGCCCCCCUCGAGCAGCGUCAGCGUCUGUACGACGAGAUCAGCAUCUUCAUCCGCGCCUGCGCCAUGGAACAACGGCUACGUCUUGACAACGCCCUGCCUAGCUUUGAGGAGUACAUGGAUCUCCGGGAGGGGACUGUGGCGGGCGGCACGCUCUGCGCGCUGGUUCCCUUCGCCAUGGGGAGACACGUGCCGCCGGAGCUGCUCGAUUCGCCGCAGUUUGGAGUUCUCCGGAAGCAGGCCAAUGUGUUGUUUGGCCUGCUAAACGAUUUGAUAUCGUUGAAAAAGGAGCUCAGCAUGGAUUGUGUCAUCAAUGCCGUCUGUACGCUGCUGCGGCCGGAAAGGCCCCUGGAUGAAGUCAUGGCGCAGAUUUAUCAGAAGCUGCAAGAUGCGGUGCGGCUUUUCAACGAGGCGGCCGGGGAGCUGAUUGAUCAGUUCAUGAAUAACAAUCUUCUUUACGACCUGUCGAAAGAUUUGGUUGAUGGAUACAGAAGUGUAGUCACUGGCACGCUCGAAUUCAUGCUCAAAUCCCCUCGCUAUAACAUCUCGCAGCUCUUGCGCGAAGAUGGCUCACUAGAAAUAGUCCUCUGAUAUCAUGACUCCCACUUCCAUUCACCUUGUUUGACUCCCGUGAGUUCCCAACUCCAGUGUUUACCCUUCCCUUUAUCUGCCGGAUUGUAUGAUGAUGCUCUCUCUUCUUCUUCUUCUUCUUUUUUUUUUUUUUUUAAAAAAAAAGAAAAGUUUUCUCCCUUUCCCCUUUCCCCUUUCUCCUGAUAUGCGGAUCACGCCCAUUGCAAUUAAAAAAAGGUUAAAAAGUAGCCAAUGCGUAUGAAUGAAUGAAAAGUAACUCCGCCUCUUUUUGUGUUUAAUA